UGUCAGGAGAAAUGACAUUGUACCAAACAGAGAAAAAGUCAGAGUGCUGAGUGGCUCACAGUUUGGUUUUUCACAUGCUAUGAAAAUUUAAAUUAGCAUUGACAUUGCCGUCAACAUGUCCUCCACCACCACAGGAUAUACAGAGGAGCGGCAGCAGAGGGGAGCACAGGCGCCAAUGGGUAUGGAGUACAUCCCCACAGAUGAAGAGAGGAAGGUGUUCAGAGAGUGCAACGAGGAGAGCUUUUGGUACAGGUCGGUGCCCUUCUCUGUGGUCAGCAUGGCUCUCACUCAAGCUCUAGUUGCUAAAGGGACUCUGUCUGCAUCGCCAAGGUUUGGAUCACUACCCAAAGUGGCCUUUGCUGGCUUCUGUGGCUACCUAGCUGGGAAAAUGUCGUACAUGAAGACGUGCCAGGAGAAGUUUAAGAGGUUGGAGAACUCCCCUCUGGGAGAGGCCCUCAGACAGAGGACGGGACUGCCUCCGCAUUCUAAGGCUCCUCAGUCAGAGAUGAGUGAUCCAGACACACUGUCAUUUGAGGCCAUGUUCCAGCCAGCAGAGGCCCCCGGCCAGAUGCCCACAAACACCAAAGAUUAUGGCUACAAUUCAGAUUCACUCAUGCCAAUGGGCAAAGCAGAUGACUACAAUGCUCCAGUGGAAGACGAGGAGCCCAGAAAGAAGGCUAUCUUGUAUGAAGACCUGAGGCUCAAGAACAGAGAGAACUACGAGGUCACGCUCACUCAGAAGGCUGAGACACUGCUCAAAACACCACCUGAGAAGGAGCCAGGGAGACCCAAGAAAGACGUGAAGAAGAACAUCUAUGGAGAUACCUGGGAGGACUGAGUUCUUGUUUUAAAGUAAUCUGUGCGCUGGCAUCACUGAUCCUGCAGUACAGUAGGCAGCCCAGUGGCCAUUUUGCUCCAGUGUGAUUCAGGUGUCAUAAAGUUGUGAGUUCCUGAUAGAUAUGUCUUUGCAAGAGCGUCAAUUAAACCAAAAUACAGGACUAAAA